AUGCCUCGGUAUUUGCUCGCUUCCACCAGUGGAGCAGAAUCAGCGUUGGUCUUGAUGAAUUGGGAAGGAGAGAAAACGCUUUGCAAAUGCAAGUUGCCCGGGCAAGUGGAUCGUGUGAGUUUUCCCUCCCAACCUGAGAGCCUGCAGGCCACGGCCUCUGGGCCCAACAUGUUGCGGCUCAUGCAGAUCCGGCAGGCCAAAAAUGAAGUUUCAUUAAGGAUGAUGCCUGCAUUCAGCAAAUUGCCAGAAGAGAAGAUUGUGGAUCAUACAUGGCUGGAAGGCAACCGGCUGGUUGUGAUUCAGGAGGCUCAGGUUCAUAUCAUAAGUGCGGAGGAGCUUCAGGUGGUGAGAACCAUCGAGGCCCCUUUUGGUGAUGCAGAUUUGGACGAGGUCAUGCCCUUAUGCAUUCGUGCCUUCACGGGCGGCUUUCUGCUUGGUGGCUCACUUGGCUACGUCGCUGUUUGGGAGACAGAUGAUGCGGAAGGGGAAUCCAUGAGGAGUGUGGAGGAAGAGUAUCAUCUCUCUACUGCUGCGAAGGUGCGACCGGAAGCUGACGGAGUGUGCACCUUGGACAUCACAGUGGGUGAAGAGCAGUUGCUAUUGGGCUUUGGCAAUGCAGACAUGGGCCUGGUAACAAUGGCAUCUCUUUACAACGCAGAGGAGCCAAUCUCAUGCCAUGUCAUGGGCAAUCAUUCUGCUGCAAUCACAGCUAUGGACAUGGCCGUGCAUCGGACCUUGAUCAUUACUGCUUGCAAGGGCGACAGCUCCCUGAGAGUCUGGAACUACACUGCCCGCACUUGUGAGAUUUGCAUGAAGUUUGAUGAUGCACCUUGUGCUGUGGCGAUUCACCCCUUUGGAUACUAUGCGGCCGUGGGCUUUGGUGAUCGACUACGAUUAUAUCACAUUUUGGUGAAGGACUUGAAGCUUCACAGUGAAAUCGUCAUGCGCUCCAUUCAUCUCGUCAAGUUUAGCUUUGGAGGGCACCUUUUGGCCGUGUGCCAAGGGAAGGUGAUACAUCUUUUUAGCGUGCGGACCUUGACAAAGGCGACAACUUUUCAGGGCCACAGUCGAGAUGUAACCAGCAUCAGCUUCGAUCCGGAGGACCGCUCACUUUGGAGCACUGGCGAUGAUGGCAAGCUCAUCAUUUGGAAUCUCAACACCUUUGAGAUCGAGGCAACCAGAACUGAGCCUGCAUCAAAAUGGUUUGCUAUUUGCAGCAUUGCGCAGGACCAAGCCACUUGUAGUUUGCACCGGAAUGGAAAGCAGCUGCUGCAGCGCUUUUCACAAUAUGAUGUGGAGUUUGAGACGGAGCUGCACUGCCCGCAGGUCACGACUCUGAGCCAUUUCUCUGGCAGCAAUGCUUUCUUGGCUGGUACCCAGAAGGGUUCAUUGCAGGUUUAUAUGUCCCUCCACAGUGGGAGUCAGCCCAAGAGCUACGAGCUCCCUUUGCACAGCCUCGCCUGCAAUGCCUUGUGUAUCUCAGUCGAUGGCCGCUCGCUGGUCACUGCCGGAGAGGAUGGCGUGCUCUUCAUUCUUAGUGUUCAGGGUCUUGCCUCUCAUGAUGAGCUUGCAGUGCUACCAUUGGCUUUGCAUGUCACAGACAUGGAUAAGUUCUCGCCAGAGGCUCAAAGCAUUUUGGCCUCCAAGGAGGAGAUCUUGAAACUGGAGCAUCGCUGCGAAGCAUUGAUGGGCGAGUGCAGAGGCAUGAAGGAGAGGCUAGAGCGAGAAGCAUCACUGCACGAGGAGCAGUGUGCGGCUAAAGUGGCCCAGGCACAGGAGAAAGAUCAAGCUGAGAUUAAGGAGCUUCAGCGCCGCUAUGCGGCUUUAGAAGAAGCCUGUGCAGCCAAAGAGCGUGAGAGCCAAGGCUUGAUGAAGGCGAUGGAGACCAGGCACAACGAAGCCACAGACCAGCUGUCCAAGCUCUAUCAGCGCAAACUAAGCCAUGAGUCGGACCGCUUGUUGGAUUUGCAGAUUCAGAAAGAGAAACUUCAAGAGCAAAUGCUGAAGGAGAAGGAAGAAUGUGAGGAGCAAUUGAAGCAAUCAGCCAUUGCCGCCAAAGAAGAAGAGAAGCGUUUGCUGGUGGAGCGGGACCUGGAGAUAAAGAAACAUCAGGAUUUGCUGGCAUUUGUGCAGCAUCGCUUCGAAGUUGUAAGAGAAAAGCGUGGCGAGGACCACGACCAAGACGUCAUGCGUCUAAAGCAUGCCGGUUGGGAAGCCUUGGAACAGCAGAAGAAGGUGGAGGAGGAUUUGCGACGGGAACAGGAGACUUUGCUCCGAGGUCUCGAAAUGCAAGAGAAGGACCGGGAAGCUGUCGAGGAAAAGCAGCAGGAAGCAGCCUCCACCCUGAAAGGCUUGAGGGAACAGGCUGAAGAGCUGAAGCGGACACUUCAGAGCCUUCAGGGGGAACGCGACGAUCGUGCUGCCACCUUGGCAGAAAAGGAACGACGCAUCGAAACCUACAAGUCCAAGGAGCGAACCUUGAAGAGGUUCAAGCUGUUGUUGGACAAGAAGCUUGGGGAGGUGGUUGAAUCAGUGCAGCCCAAGGAUUCACUGAUUCAGAAGCUCAACCAGGAUCUCUCAGACUUGGAGGCUGAGUUUGAGCGACAGCUCACUGAGCAGCGUGCCCUAGAAGAGAAGAUCGACCAACGGCGCCAGCAUGCGGGCAUCCUCACACAGGAAUCAAAGAGUCUCAAAGAUCAAUUGGCCGAGCUUGACAGCCACAUUUAUCGCUUCAGGAGUGAUGUGCACACACUGGUCACUCAGAAGGAUUUGAAGGAAUGGCCGAAGGAGAUCCGGCGGCUCUACCACACUCAUGUUGACGAAGAGGUCCGCGUUCACCAGCGACUGCCAAUGGAGGAGAUGAUGCGGCAGAUGAGAGUGGUGGAGAGGCGAGUGGCAGGUUUGGCGGCGAAAAGUGAUCAGAUCAAGGCUAUGGGAAAGAUGGACGUGCAGAGGAAAGCCCAUGAAAAUGCCACUUUGGUGCAUGAGCUCAACGAGUUGAGGGUUCUCAAGUGUUCGCUGGUGAGGGAAGUGAAGGCGCUCACUACGAAGCUCAAAGAAAUUGAAGGCAAGAAAGAGGCCGAUGGGAAGGGCACUUCCGAAAGGUCAGACAAAAUACUAUAA